CCGCAAUUGUUAGAUUUUAAGUUUCUCUUACUUUGUCAAAGUUUCAUGUUUGAUUGACAAAAACUAUUGAACUUGGUAAAAAUUAACGUUUUUUGUAGUUGCUUUCUUUCAAAAUCCAGAUAUUGAAUUGAUGAUUAUUUGAUUUAUCAAUUUUAACAUAAUUUCGCGAUCAAAUUUUCAACAACAAAAAAUCCCAAUGGCAAUGCCUUGCAAAACGGAUAAAUAAAGGGUGAAAUUGCUUUGAGGUUAAACAAAGUACAGGUUGCUAUGGAGACAACAUCUUUGUUGUACUAUGUUAUGUUAAUACCAAGUACCCUCAUUGUGUUUGUGAUUUGUUUAUUCUUACGUUGGAUUGGACUCAAGUUUUUUCGUCACAACUAACAGUGUAUAGUCUUGUGAUAAAGGUUGUGCUCAAAGAAUUUUAGAAUCAGUCAUGAAUUCAGAUGAAAAUGGAAACCAGUCUUUUCAAGGAACUAGCCAAUCAGAUGACUCGUUACAUUCUGUUGACCAAUCAGGAUAUAGGUUGUUUAUUUCAAAAGAGGAAGACUCAGACACAGGGGAAGAGGAGUCUGAAACCUAUUAUUUUGAGUCUGAUCAUACAGCCUUAAAGGGUAACCAUGACUACCAGAUGAUGCUUCGAGCAAUAGCUACAUUGGAAUCUCAGAGGAUACAGGCUGUGAAAGAUCUGGACAAACUUUAUGAAUGUCAGAAAGAAGCUCUAGCAGACCCUAUACAGUUUGUUGAUAAACUUCAGAAAAGACAAGAUCUCAGAUUGCCUAAACCUCAAAAUGUUGCAGAACUUCCUGAUAUAAGCUGGGAGAAAUACACUAGCAACCUAGAUUUUUCCUCUUUUGGUACACACAGACAUAUGACAAGGUUGAAAAAACAAUUGAAGGAAGGAACCUCUUCUCCAGUAAUUGUAGAAGAUCAGAAGUGUUCUGUAAAGAUGGAGUCAGAUGAUGUUAUUAGGGGACGUGUGAAGACAGAGAAGAAAUCAGAGACCUUUAAUCUAUUAUGGACACCUGAAGAACAGAAAAGGCUGGAGGAGAUGCUAAUACAGUACCCACCUGAAGAAGUUGAGGCCAAAAGAUUCCAGAAAAUUGCUGCUGCCUUAGGAAAUAGGACCCCUAUACAGGUACAGAGUAGAGUACAGAAGUAUUUCAUCAAACUGGCAAAUGCUGGGUUACCUAUUCCAGGUAGAGCUCCAAAUAUGGGCAUAUAUAAGAGAAAGAACCAGAGAGGUUACAGGCACCAGAAGAUGUACAAUCCAUCCACGUUCUUCACUUCAAUCAUCCCACCCGUGUAUAUGUCUGAUGAUGACAAUUCUCAAAGUUACGAGGGCAGUGUCGUAUCAAAUACAGAAGUAUUUGAUUAUAAGGAAGAGAAUAUGUCUGAUGAUGAAAGUAUACCUGUAGAGCUGCGGGCAUUACCUGAAUAUCAGGAGCUAAUGAGGUUGAAGUGUCUGCGUAAAGAGAAGCUUGGUUUUAAAUCCACAUCAACUGAACACAUAGGUUUUAAGUGUGACCGUUGUGAUGUAGAACCAAUAGUAGGCACCAGGUGGCACUGUACAGACUGUCCCCCAGAUGUUGCAGUAGAUUUCUGUGAACAGUGUGUAGACUGUGGGUAUGAAACGAAGACACACGACUCUAGUCAUAGACUAAAACCUAAGAGAGUUACUGACAGUAAUACAUAUAUGGAUUCUGACUAUAUAGGAUUUAUGCCCGGUGGUGCAUGUACUGGAUAUAAUUACCUCGAUCCAAACUAUAUGCCAGCAAGUUGAUCUACACAGCUGUGAAAACAUGAAAUAUGAAGAGUUUAUACCAAAUGAUGUUUUAACAGAUGUCUGCAAGCUGAAUUACACGUUGAAUUUAUGCUAAAUGAUGUUUCUACAGACAACACCUAUAUGUCAGCAAGUUGAAUACACAUUUGUGAACACAUGAACUUUAUAGUGUGGGCUGUAAACUUAAUGGGAGGAGAUGUGUUAUGAGAGCCAAAUUUAUGUUGACAAAUUAAAUUAUAUACACUCUGGUUCGUGAAUGCAUGAUUUUUGUAGAAUUGAUCCUGGCUGAUGAUGUCAGGGUUCAACUAUUAUUAAUAUAUCAGCAAGUUCAGUUAUGAUUAUGGAAUUUUAACAUAGUUAUAUUAUAUUGAACAUUUUUACAAAUAAAUCUAAAGGAUGUCUU